GUGCGGAUGUGCGUGGCGAACGGUCCGCGACGUUUGGUGAUAGUGGUGCACGGUGAUUGAUGGUAUAGUGAAUGUGAAAAGCGGUGCGUUCUUCGAUCGUUGUGUCACGCGGAAGAUAGUGCGAAUGGUAAAUUUAGCGACCGAUCGCUGUUACCGUGCAAUCGCCGUGCUGCCGCCGGAUCGCAUGACGACAAAGUGUUGAGUAGAGUGUUUGUUUGAAUAAAAAGAAGCAGAAAAAGCGCAUCCACCCGAUCGGUCGAGCCCACGGAGAUGGUAUUCCGGCAGAUGGUGGUGAUAUUGUCCGCCAACGUAUCGUGUAUGUGAAUCAUUCGAGGCUGUGCGUUACCGAGCUGCACUAAGUGAUUCAUAUGUGUACCGGUGCACUACGACUACGGCCACGGCAACGGUAAAGAUCCCACCCCGAGGUGGUGUGAGUCAUCGUUCCCUUAAGACGACGAAAGAAAAAGCCUUGUUCACGAUCGCCGCGAGCAACGCUUGAGCGCAACCAAAGCGAAGGUCAAAAGAAAAACCAACAUCUUCAACGAAUUAUUCGGAAGAGAAACGUUCCCAACGUGGCCACUGCCCGUCACAGGAUAAGACGGAGAAAUAAUAUGACAUGGGAUCGUGCACGAGACGACACUUCCUGUUGUCAAUAUGCAUCCUGCAGUUGCUUUUCAUCAUCGAGCGUCAGGUGUUCGACUUUCUUGGCUACAUGUGGGCACCGAUUCUGGUGAACUUCUUCCAGAUCCUGUUUGUGAUAUUUGGCUUCUUCGGUGCCUACCAGUAUCGACCCAGAUACCUUGUAGCGUAUACGGUAUGGAGUCUGCUGUGGCUGGGAUGGAACAUCUUCCUAAUAUGCUUUUACUUAAACAUAGGAAUUUUAGAUAGGGAUAGUGAUUUAUUGAAUUUGGGCACCGGCAGCGUGUCGUGGUUCGAGGAGAAUGGCUACGGCUGCCGGCCCUCCUACCCCACCAACGUCACCUCGGAGGACCCCUACCGGCCAGUUCGGCCGGAGAAGGUGGAAGGAUGUUUGCUGGACUACUACAUCGUGGAGGUGGUGCAUGCCGGCGUGCACUGCGCACUGGCGUUUUUCGGCAUCAUUGGAGCCAUCUGUCUCGGGCAGACGUUUCUCGACGAGGACGACAGCUUGAGCAGAACUAGCAAGAAAUCGAAGCACCGUCAAUCGCUGUACUCGAUCGAGUUCAGCCGGUCGGUCGACACGAUCCGUGGGGCGCACCCGAACGAUGCGUACGAUGACGAUGACGAUCUCAUGAUGGGCGGUGGGGCCGGUGGAGCGCCGUCCUCCCUCAGCCCCAAACCGAUGACACCGCGGCGUGUCAAACGGCGCUCGGUGAUGCAGCGGGGAACGUCAGGUGGCACCUCGGCCCGCCAAAGCACCUCCAGCCGUCGGGCUGGCCAUUCCUCCUCAUCCGGCACGAACGCGUCCGGCAGUGGAGGGGCGGCCCACCAUCAUCACCACCAUCAUCAUCGGAGCAGUGUGCGUAACUCCCGUCGGAAGAUGGCGCAUCAUCAGAAUCCGGUCACGAAGCUGCUGAAUCAACAACAGCUGCAGCAGCAUCUGCAACAGCACCAUCAUCGCCACCAGGCGGAGGAGUUGGCGGGCGGGUUAGAGGAUGCGGCCGGUACGAUGACCCUCACCAAGACGUUCCCGCCGUUCGUGCACAACAAAAACCCCGAUCUGACCGAGUCCAAUCUGAAGUCGCUGAACAACGACUACAUCCUAGGGCAGCUAAACAACUUUGGCCCGGGCACAACCGACACCACGAACAAUCUGAACACGUUCGGAGCGCACCAACAUCAUCACCAGAUGGUGCAUCAUCAGCAGCAACACCAGCAACAACAGCAGCAGCAGCAGCAGCAGCAGCAGCAGCAGCAGCAGCAGCAGCAGCAGCAGCAGCAGCAGUUGCCUCCUCUUCCGCCACACCGGAGGCAACAUCUGGUCCACACACCGACGCUCCUGGACGGAACGAACAGCCCGAUCGAUCCGAUCUACUACAACAUGAACUCAUCUUCGCCGCUCCUCCAGCAGCAAACCUCGUGGGCGGCAUCGCCUCAGCUGCCAUCGGGACCCGGAGGAGGAGGAGUGGCCGGUCUGUCGAACCCAGUCUACCAGCAUUCGACCACCAACCUCAACCACAGUCCGGAGCUGAACGAGGAGUACUACGGAACCAACGGAACCAACCGACCACCGUCGGUCCGCUCGAGCUAUUCCAACUUUCACGGAACACGUCCCCUCAGCUCCUACCUCGGCGGUGGUGUCGGCGGAGGGAUGGCACCCGGGGGAGUCACCAAUCGGGGCUACAAUGUGUCCCCGUCGGGCGGCGGACUACCGGCCGGUUCACAACCGGUGGAGAAUGUGUUCGCCAAUCUAACGGCCGCGAACGCUGGUGGGCAGAUGAUGACGACGGCGAACGGGAAUGGGAGCGAUCCGAUCACGAUCCCCGCGCUACCCCACAGACGGUCGGUUUCGCGCGAAAGUCUCCGGGCCAUGCAGUUCCUCAACAGUGGGCCGCCGGCCUACAAUCUGAACUAUCACACACCGCCCGACUCGGAGACUACGAUGUAGCCGUGGGGGUGGGGAAGGGGGCCAAUGAAAGCACGAUCACUGUAUAUAGAAACACACACUACGCAAGGGCUGGGAACUAGCUAAGUUACGAGACUAACACCGCAGUUCCUUUUCGGUGGGGAAGAACGAACUGUGUGCAACAAUGUAACAUAAAAGAGUAGUGUUAAGGAACGCCCCGGGAAAGGGAAUGAUAAGCCACAAGCCAACCGCGGUCCGGCGGUGCUCAGAUACUCACGGGAAUGGUGCGGAAAUAACAGGGGUCUAGCCGGGAAAGGACACCGCAAUUGGGGCGACCAAAAAUGUACAAAUCACCAACUAAUAAAAAGCAAUCUCCCCCAUGCGGAAUGAUGAAGAAGUGCUUGACGAUCAUCGAGAGGACAACUCCAGGCGCUCGGUAUGCCAAAUAGUAGUAGAAGAAAGCACGUUGGUGAACUCUAUUCCAAGGGAUUCCCGUUCCGCGAUGUCCCGCGGUGGAGAGAUCGAUACGUUUUAUGUCUUUAGUAGAAAAUGCGAGUUGGAAAUUAGUUCUGUUUCGAUUGCAGGACGAUCGUUAGGGGCAAUAGUGAAAAUGCAGCAAUAUGGGGCGACCUUAUCUUUUCUCAACUCAUGAUUUAUUGAACCUAACUACUGUUUUCAUCAAGUUUCAAUGAUGUAAUAUAGUUUUUGUAAUAGCUUUUUCUGGUGUUCAAAGUCUUCAAUAGAAGAUCAUCUAUUUAUCGACUCUUGAAGCGAAAGUCUACUGAAGAAAGAGUCACAUUUAUAUUUUGCAAUAUUUGUAGCAACCUAUAAUACAUUUCAUAAAUUUAUUUUGUCCACUCUGGUUAACUUGUGUUCCCCCUGGUUGUUUCUUAUUUUCUCCACUAGCGAUUUUAGAGUAAUAAUUGCAAAUAGACAUCUUCUAUGACUGUAACCUUUAUUUCGUCCUUUUGUCUGUUGUCUGUGUGACAUCUGAAAAUGUCUUUUCUAGUAGGAAAGUUUGUCCAUUGACUGAAAAAGACGCCAAAUAGGUUACUAUUGCCCCGUAACAAUUUCCUCGAAUAUUCAUCGAAGUGUGAAAAAAUAAUAAUCACAGCCUUAUAUGAACGUUCUCAUUUGCCACUUUGAAGAUCAGUGGCUUCAUAGCCUAGGGAAUAUUUAAGACAAGGCUUGAGCAACUCUGUUUUUACUUUUAAAAGCAUUU